UCCUCGCCCUCCAUUGGCCCUCUCCUCUUGCACCCUUCGUGAAAGAUGGAAGCGCCUUCUCUGCGGCCUAUAAGCCAGGCCAGUCGCCCCCAUCUUCCUCUUUCUUCCAUGUGUGCGCAAUCGUUCAUCAUUCUUGUCGUCGAUAUCAACCAUCGAGCUGCUGCCGUACAUUCCCACAGCGGCGUCUGAUGAGUCUUCAUCAGCGAGGGGCAUACUAAGGUCGCAAAAAGAAUCACAACACUGCGUCCGUAGGCGCGACAGCCUGGAUUCGCCGGUCGCUAUCCUGAUUCUCUUUCACGCUCGCUCUCGCUAUAAUGUUCAUCUCGAAGAAAUGGAGGUACUUUUGGGUUAUGAUAGGGCUCAUGGUGGCUGAGUUGGCAGGGACAGUUGCUACCCUCACACUAUUCGGUAUCGCGAGUCCAGACGCCUAUCGUACCCAGCUAUGGAAGCUCGGCGGCGAGCUGGGCUUCAAUUCGAGUCCGGAACAGAUCUUGUACGCAUACGCAAACUAUCGGCCGAUACCACCGACACCGCUGGUUUGGUCUGGUUUCAUCACCAACUACAACAUUGUCGUAUCUGUUUUGUCGAUGUUCAUUUUGCUUGUCAAGGUCGUCCUAUUUAUCAUGCACAUGUGGGUCCCGAUUGUCAGCGUAAUAAUCGACGCCAUUGUCAUUGCCCUCUGGAGCUUCAGCGCAUAUGGCCAGGCUGGUCCUGACCAUUCCGACCCAGCGCACCCGAGCUCGGUUGCGUGGUAUAUCGCCAAAAGCUGCAGUGUCGCUGAGGCAUCCGGAAACAAGCACAACUGCGAGAUGGCAAAGGGAGCAUUUGCGUCUACCAUCUUCAUGAUUGGUAUUUUCACAUUUAACCUCGGACUGGGCAUUUGGUCUUUGUUCCCAACAGAGGAGAUGAAGGAGGCGAGGAAGGCUAAGAAGGCGAGGAAGGAGGAAGAGCAAUCAUCGCCGUAUUCCGAGGAUGCGGGAGAGAAGCUGUGGGAGUUAAGGAACAUCCAACAACCUACACCGGCCUUUUCGCCUUAUACCCCGCGGACGUUGGCGUUCAACACAUUAGACCGCCAAUUGCCGCUGCGGGAGAAGGAACAGUACGCGUAGAUACUGUGAAACCCAGGAUGACGAUGACGAUGGGUUGAAAGGGCCAUUCCCGGGCCCUGAGUAACUAUUACCUUUUUGUGGCUACUUACGUUAUGAAGUGGCGGAAAGCGAGAAGAGUGGUGAUCAAGGGACUUUACUUAAUUCAAAACCUACUACGAAUACACAAAGUGAUAAUAAUAGGCUCCAG